AUGCAGCACUCAAUGGCCAAUUCCUACCGACGGCCCAGCUUUGUGGCAUUUGGCGGUUCAAGGCCUGCUGUAACUCCUCAGCACGCAGAAGCUGCAUGGCUCACAAAGAAGGAGAAAAAGCAAUCGAGGAAUGAGGAGCUCAGUCUCCUACGAGACAAUCAUCUUGCCCCACCAAAACAUCCCGAAUCUCCGAAACGUAGCGCAAUCAGCCAGUUAUACAAAAGGAUUUUCAGCACGAAGAGACCAAAGACUGAGAUAGACGAGGAAGCUCCUUCAGUAGUACCUGCGCUCACAGCUGAGCCGUCAGAAACGUCAGUUUUAUUACCCAAUGGCCCUCAGGAGACCCCUCGAGCCCGCCAUGAACGGCUAAACCAACAAUGGGAAGCGGCCGUAGCUGCAGGAGUAAUCAAGACUACAUGGCAGCGAGAAGCAAAGACCCUGUUCAGAUACUCGAGUCCUUUAGUCGUUACAUUUAUUUUACAAUAUUCCCUCACGGUGGCCAGUAUAUUUACAGUUGGCCAUUUAGGUAAGGUGGAGCUUGGUGCAGUGAGCUUGGCCAGUAUGACUGCAAAUAUUAGCGGUUAUGCCAUUUAUCAGGGUCUGGCUACGAGUUUGGAUACACUAUGUGCUCAGGCAUAUGGAUCCGGGCGGAGGCACCUUGUCGGUCUCCAAUUGCAACGAAUGGUUUACUUCCUUUGGACAUUGACUAUUCCCAUUGGCAUUGUCUGGCUUUGUGCCGAACAAAUUCUGCAAAGGAUAGUACCUGAACAGCGUUCAGCCGAGCUUGCUGGCCUGUAUCUACGAAUUCUGCUUCUCGGGGCUCCUGGAUAUGCCUGUUUCGAGAGCGGCAAACGAUUCGUCCAGGCCCAAGGGUUGUUUUCAGCUACGACCUACGUACUUCUGGUAGCAGCACCGCUGAACGCCCUGAUGAACUGGCUGUUUGUUUGGCAUUUCGAUUGGGGUUUUGUAGGGGCCCCAAUUGCCGUUGCUGUGACUGACAACCUACUGCCUUUGUUUCUUUUUUGCUAUGUAUACUUUGUAGAUGGCAAACAGUGCUGGAAUGGGUUUACCAAGAAGGCGUUCAAGAAUUGGGGUCCAAUGAUCAGACUGGCUCUUCCUGGUCUUCUGAUGGUAGAGGCGGAAUUUCUGGCCUUCGAAAUCCUUACCCUUGCAUCGAGUUAUUUCUCAACAACUCAUCUCGCAGCACAGAGUAUCUUAAGUACUCUCACGGCUCUUACAUUCCAGAUACCAUUUCCAAUUUCCAUUGCUGCUUCCACCCGUGUCGCCAAUCUCAUCGGAGCCACACUGGCGGAUGCUGCAAAGACAAGUGCUAAAGUGGCCUUCUUUGCUGCCGGCAUUGUCGGAAUGUUCAAUGUGGUCCUGCUUUCCUCGCUCCGUAACUACAUCCCACAACUUUUCACCGAUGACCAGGGCGUCGUCGACUUGGUUGCCCAGGUGCUACCAUUGUGUGCUGCGUUCCAGCUCUUUGAUGCAUUAGCAGCAAAUUGCAACGGACUGCUGAGAGGCUUAGGACGGCAAGAAAUAGGAGGAUGGGUCAACCUUUUCUCAUAUUAUGUAAUCGCCAUGCCCAUAUCUUUCGGCACCGCUUUUGGACUCCAUUGGAAUCUGGAGGGGUUAUGGACUGGCGUUGCGAUUGCACUCGGCUUGGUUGCUGCCCUUGAAGGAUGGUUCCUGUAUCAAGCAGAUUGGGAUCAAGCGGUCGAGGAUGCCCAGAAUAGGAAUGCUGCUGGGUAA